CACCUCAGCCCAGCUCAGUUCAUCUCAUCUCAUCCAAGCCCAGCUCAGCCGAGCCCAGCCCAGCCCAGCCCAGCAUGAGCGUGCCCGGCGCGCUGCUCACCGUGCCGCUGCUCCUGCUGCAAGGGGCGUUUCCAGGGGCUGCCAGUGACUCUGUGACUCUGAAGGAAGGAGAAAACCUAAAUCUCAACUGCACCUUCAGCACCCUCAGCAACAACAACUUCACCCUGCAGUGGGUAAACCCCAAGAAUUUCACCAUUUUCCUCAAUGCCCAGCGGGCUGCUCCCUCCCACCCCGUGCUGGAAGUCUCCCAGGAUGAAGGAAGAGGCAUCAAACUCUCCUGCUACACCCGUGGGGGCAGACCCCAGCCCCAGAUUUCCUGGCUGUUGGACAACGGGAUCGAGCUCCCAGGUGACACCAGGCACCAGCUGGGAGCUGAUGGGAAGAAAUGGAGCACGAGGAGCACGCUGAGGAUCCUCAGCUACAGCCCCAGAGUGACAGCCAGCUGCCUCAUCCAGCACCCUGCGCUGGGGGCACGGAGGCUGCUGGCACCUUUCCCCUUCCAGGACCUGCCCAGCUCGGGCUGCAAAAAAACAACCAGACUUUCAGAGGAUGCAGAAGUUCCCAGUCCUUCAGAGAAUCCAGCAGUUUCCAGUUCUCCAGAGAAUCCAGCAGGUACCAGCCCCUCUUCAUCCCCAGAGAAUCCAGAAGUUUCCAGCCCCUCUACAUCCCCAAAAGAUCCAGAAGCUUCCAAACCUUCUGCAUCCCCAAAAGAUCCAGAAGCUUCCAAACCUUCUGCAUCCCCAGAGAAUCCAGCAAUUCCCAGCUCAGCACCAGCCCAGCCAAACCUCACAGAUGUCACGUUGAACGAGCGAAAUCCUGAAUCCAAAGGGCUCCUGAAGAAGGAGAAGAACCUCCUGCUGCCCGUCCUGGUGGCCGCUCUCAUCUUGGUGCUGCUCAUCAUUGUGCUGCUGUUCAUGGUGAAGCUGAAGAAGGCGCACGGGGUGUGGAGGAGAGAAAAUGACGUUUCACAGCAAACAUUGGAGAGUUAUAAAUCCAGAUCUAAUGAAGACAGUCCAGGCCAUGAGAAGAAUGGACAAGCUGGAAAUCCCAAAUCCAACCUGCAGUAUGUAACAGAAGGACACGUGGAAACCCCAGAGAAGAACCUGGAAACCCCAGAGAAGAAUCCAGAAAUCCCAGAGAAGAACCCAGGCACCCAAACCACGGCAAUAAAUGAGGAAAAAUUCACCUGUGGCAGGGAGACAGAUGUGUAAGGGUGGGGAACGUGCAGGAAACUGCAAAUUCCUGAUGUUUGUGUGGAACUUUCCAGGGCUCUUGAUUCGAGGGAGCAGGAGGGACAGGGAGCUCCAUCCCAAAGCCACCUGCGGGGGGUUUUGUCACCCAGCAGGGCGGGGAGGGGGGCUGGUGCUCCUGGAAACCUGGCCUGAGC